UGUACACAGCACAACACUAUUUUCCGCCAUGUGUUUAGUUUGAGUUUUGGAACACGAAGAACCAUACAUUCUAGAGAAGCGUCACCUACUUUUCGGCUACACCUCGUAUCCUCCAUUUUGAUCACAGUAAAAAUACUUCCACGUGAACGGUUAAAAAUGGAAUGACAUUCGAAGAAUGAUUGUGUCACAAAAGGUCUGGCAUAGCUAAAGAAAGGUCUUUAGCUUUAUGCCUGACGUCGCCAGAGCUUGCAGACACACUCAGCGAGUCUGCUUUUAACAAGAACCUGUCCCUCAGAUGUCGCUCAAUUCCUAUGAGGAUGACUAUGAAGUAGUGGUGAUAGGAAAUGGUCCAAGUGCUUUAAGUCUGUCCUAUUUGUUGUCUGGAAAUGUACCUUACUACAUUCCUCAUCAGCAUCCAAAUGUUAUUCUUGACCAGAAGCUUUGUGAGGAACCUGGAAAAUCACUGCUGGACGUUGAUUUGGAGUACUUGAGUGAAGGAUUAGAAGGGCGCUCUUUAAAUCCUGUUGCCCUGUUGUUUGACCAGUUGCUACGACCCAAUGCUGACCUGGGCAAAGACCAAGAUUCGUGUCUCAAGUGGCAUUACAGUGAAAACAGAGCUGUUAAACAUUUGGUUAUGGGUAGUGGGCAACCUGGUGGAUCUUGGCAUCACAUGCAGGGAUCUCAGCUAACCCUGAGCCUUAACAACUGGCUUGAAUUACCUGGGUGUGAUUUUCAAGACUGGCUUAGGGCUCAUCGCUCGUCAACUGUGCGCAAACCAUGCAAUCUUGUCACAAACGGUGUGAAAAGUGAUGGUUACAGUUAGGAUCGGGCAACAACAAGCCACAUUGCUGAAUACUAUAAGGACUAUGUCAAUUAUACAAACAUCGCAUCAAACUUUUGGAAUGAUGCAAAGGUGUUGUCAGUCAAACAUGUAACUCCAGGCGAUUGUACUAACUGCCACUGCAGAAUGUCCAGCAUUCCCAGAGAAGGCUGCUGGGAAAUCCAAGGAGUCAAGGGAACUUUUCCAAACAUGCCUGAAUUUUUUGUUGUACAUGCAUACAAUGUUGUCCUUGCUACCGGAAACAAUGUCCCUAAGCUGUUGGGAAUCCCUGGAGAAAACCUUCCAUUUGUCUGCCAUAAGAUGGAUCAAAUAGAUAGUUAUUUAGACGAACUUAGUGAGGUUGCUCAUUCAAUGGACCCAUGCCUGGUGGUAGGGGCAGGGUUAUCUGCAGCAGACUGUGUCUUAGCUCUGCGUAAUAAGGGUGUCCCAGUCAUACAUGUGGUGCGCAGAAAUGGAAAUGAUCCUAAAAUAAUUUACAAUCAGCUACCUGGUGUGGUGUACCCAGAGUACUAUAAGGUGGGCCAAAUGAUCAAGGGGGAGGUGACCACGGCUUAUGGGAAAGAUUCCUCCUAUGUGGCUUACACCAAGACUACCCUAGUGGAGAUUCGUAAAGACAAAGAGUGCAUCCUGAAGAAGGCUGAUGGAACCCUCUUUAAACUGAAGGUCUCGAAUGUUUUUGUGUUGGUUGGUGCAGUUCCUGAUCUUUCUUUCCUGCCUGACAUCAAUAAGAAUGAACUUGGAAGUAAUCCUGCAAAGAAAAUUGAUAGCAAAGAGAAUCCUAUUAACAUUAAUCCCUUUACCUAUGAGACUGUUCUGGAACCAGGCUUGUUUGCAGUGGGCCCUCUGAUUGGAGACAACUUUGUCCGCUUUGGAAUUGGAGGUGCAUUAGGUAUUGCAAAUCAUCUCAUGAGGGAAGAGGAAUAGUUUACCUCAGGACUUGGUGACAAAAAAAACAAAAAAAAACCAAAAAAACCAGUUCAUGAUGUAAUACAGGAAUUAUUCAAAGAUUUAGACGUAUUCUUUUUUAACUCGAUUCUAAUUUAAUUUACAGUUGAUAAGAGCUACAGUUAAUAUUUUUGUGCCUCAUUUGCUGGUGAUUUUAGACUAAAAUGAUAUGAGAUUAAAUUGCUGUCCCUUCAUCGAGGUUAACAAAGGAAGUGUAUAAGUUUCAUGCAUUCUUUUGAGUGGCUGAUAUGAACUCAGCUUGUCACAUACUGGGUAAUCAUGUGACUGUUGUGGUGUAUAAAUUGUAUAUAACCCUUAAAUUGUCUCUUGAACAACAGAAGGUUCUUGUUUGAGUGGUUAAGGGGCAGCAAUCCAUAUGGGGCUGGUAUGUAUCAAAGAAAGUUUGGUCAAAUUACUUCUUCUUUACUAACCAAUUUAUAGGGAGCCAUUUAUUCCUCUCCAAAUUUUUGUAUUUUGGUCAUGCUUGCUCAAAUAAGUUUCCUACAAAGAAUGUAUACAACACUAGAAGGUAGUGUAACAAAUUGCCAUCUUCAGCAAAGUGUAAAUUUUUAACUUAAACCUUUUUAAGUUAACUAUCUAAGAGUUGUAUUUAUUUCACCAUAAUAUGUAAAAGGCUUGUAGUUUGCUGGACAAAAAACACCUUUAAAUAAAUAACAGGAUUUGUCUUAUUAUCA